GCCAGCGGUCAGCUCCGCCCGCCGCGGACCCCCGUGUAGCCAUUGCAGCCGAUCGCGCUGGCUGGGGUGUCCGACGGGAGGGAAUCCGCGGCUGCCGUGCUGGCAGAGGUCCCGCGGCCGGGCUCGGUGGCCUUUGGGACCCCGCGGGACUCACACGGAGGACUUAGGUGGGACCUCCUGGGACGGCGCCAGCACUUCCCCUAAACCCCCGAGGUCGGUGUGGGCAGCCCUGCUGGUGGCCCCAGCGUCGCUGUGCCUCUGAGAAAGCCCUUGCAGUGAGGGUUGUGUGCUCACAAACUUGACCUGGCUCCAAGCCGAGAUCAGGCUUAGCUGAGCUGCUCCUUGGCCCUCACCCAGAAGUGCCCUCGUGGGGGCGGGCAAAUAAAUAGGACGGAGAGCACACUGUUCUGAGCUCUGCCCUUUGGCUCAACAAGCCAAAAACUCUUCAAGCAAACAACAACCCGGGCAGUAAGUGCAGAAGGGCCCCAGCCCCCGCGUUGGUCUGGCCAGGGCAAGGGUACAGGGGGAGGGGGUGGGGCAGGCUAAACAAUGUGUCUAAGUACUUAGAUGUUUCAAAUCAAGCUAACUGCAAAACAUGUUUUCUCCUCCCCUGACAAGCAGGCCUUCAUAAACCUGGAAAGCUGUUUGAAUUUAGGAUCCUCUGGCUCCUAGGACCUCCCCCAAAGCGCUGGGGAGCCAGCUGCAGCCUGCAGCUCUGUUCUUUUCUUCCCACCCUGUGCUUGCCCCCUCUCACCUCUCUACCCGUCCCUCCUGCUUCUCUGCCAGGGGCUUGGCACACAGGUCUGCAGACGCCCCAUGCAGCAGCAUGCAUGUAGUCUAAUCCUGCUCCCCCUACACACAACUGCUCUUGGCCACCUGGGUCUAAGGGCGCCCAGGGAAUCCCAGGGGCUCAGGUGACUGCAGCAGGGUUUGGAAGAGGGUGGUGAUUUCCAGGUGAUACCCCCGUCUCAAUACCCCAGUGGACUCCUGGCUCGUUGGGAGGGCCCCUCUGGAAGAGGGCCUGAGCAGGGCUCUCCAGGGUGGUAGUGACGCUCCAGAUGCAAGACAUCCCGUGCUUUGAGCCAAGACAGCCACCAGGAGAGUUCAGGUCCACGAGAUGUUCCGGAGGAAUCCACCGGGGGUGGUGACCAGCUGAAUGAGAAGGAGGAGAGGGAUCGGUUCUCAGAGCAUUGUCUUAAGCAAUCCAAAGAAAAGAAACGCACUGUCGCUGGCGAUGCUUAAAUCUCUCCAAAAAGACAUUCUUCAUGAAGCCGAGAGCCAAGAUCUGAAGGUCAUUGUCAUUUCAGCUGAGGGGCCUGUAUUUUCCUCUGGGCAUGACUUAAAGGAACUGACAGAUGAACAAGGCCCAGAUUAUCACGCUGAAGUAUUUCGAACCUGUUCGGAGGUCAUGAUGAUGAUCCAGAAUCACCCGGUCCCCGUCAUCGCCAUGGUGAACGGCUUGGCCACCGCAGCCGGGUGCCAGCUGGUGGCCAGCUGUGACAUUGCUGUGGCGAGUGACAAGUCCUCCUUUGCCACGCCGGGCGUGAACAUCGGGCUCUUCUGCUCCACCCCCGGGGUUGCCUUGGGGAGAGCGGUGCCGAGAAAGGUGGCCUUAGAGAUGCUGUUCACCGGGGAGGCCAUGUCUGCACAGGAGGCCCUGCUCCACGGGCUGCUGAGCCGGGUGGUGCCGGAGGAGCGGCUGGAGGAAGAGACCAUGAGGAUAGCAAGGAAGGUGGCCUCCCUGAGCCGUCCUGUGGUGUCUCUGGGCAAAGCCGCCUUCUACAGGCAGCUGGCCCAGGACCUCAGGACCGCCUACCACCUCGCCUCCCAGACCAUGGUGGACAACCUGGGCCUGCCGGAUGGGCAGGAGGGGAUCAAGGCCUUCCUCCAGAAGAGGAAACCCGUCUGGUCACACCGAGUGGCCUCAUCAGAGGACCCGGGGCCAUAAGCCCAGUGGGCAGUGCUCAGGAGACCUGCUGGCCCCGGCCUUCAGAUCCCCAGCCACCACCACUGUCUGGUGACUGUUGCAGAAGUCAGCCUGCUUUUACCGCAUUAGUGAUGGUUACAGGGCACGUGGUCUGUAUUAAGAGCCACGAUCCCCUGCGGAAGGGGCGAAACGGAGACUCGGGUGCUGAUGUGAGCAGAAGGGCCGGGGGCUCCUAGGCUGGGCCAGCAGUGUUGGGAAGCGAGCUGUGAUGUGCCCCUGCCCAGGCCCUGAGGUGCGGGGUUGCCCUCACAGGGGAGGAGGUGGUGAUAAACCGAGGCAUGAAGGAAGGAAUUCAGCCUGACUGUUACCAAAAAGUGCCUCUAACGUGAGGUGGGGCCACUUGUCCGCUUCAGGUGACACAUCUCAGAUCUCCACGAGAUACUCCCCACUCUGAACAUCUUGAUUCUGUUGAGAAACCAUCACGCCUAUGGCUUUGGGAUAAUCUUAGGUGAUUAAAGUUUACAUAUUUAGAGAGACUCCUUAUCUUGUCUUCCCAACCAGACUGUAAACUGGUUGAAAGAAGAAAAUCAAAUAACUCUGAUGCCUGGACUGUGGACGUCUCACAGGUGCCUGGUGCUUCUGUGAUGAAGGAAACCAGACCCUGGAUUCGCGGAUGGAAGCACUGGGGAGGGGAGGGAGGGAACGCAGAACACACAUUGUACCACGAGGUAAUCACCUGCUCCGCUUCUGGCAGAUUCCAAACCAGCAUCAGCCAUCCGAGUUCCUUAACUGACGUAGUGUUUGGAUGAGGACCUGAGCAUCUGGCUUCCGGUCCAGUGAAGCCCCAGAAAUGUCCUGGAUCUCUUGUCCUCCAGCUUGCACCCUGGGGCUGAUCUGUUUUUCUUUCUUUCUUUGUUUUUUUGACUCAUCUUCUUCCCUAUGAGGAGAAUGUGGCCAUAAAUGUGAGGAGUGCCGAGACAGAGAACCACGAGGCUCCACGCAGUGGUUCUCAUUCUGAUCGUAGGGGCAGGCAGCCCCUGCACGGGAGGUCUCGAGGGUUUCUGUUGAGACUGGCCAGAGUUCAGAAGAGUGUUUUCCUGGAAAGGAGGUGCAGGAGGCUAAAAAUGUUCCUCCAGGAGAGGAAAGGCCGUCAGAGCCACCGUUCACUGGCCCCCAGGACACUCCAGGCACCCGUGGUAUUGACUCCAACAUUGAACCCCCAUCAGAGUCCAGCGGGGCAGGGCCCACUGUCACCUCCAGUCUGAGACCCAUCUGUCGAAGGUCAGUCAGCGAGAAUGGGGUGAGUGAGGGGUCCAGGCUCCGUCCACCCCAGAAAGCCGUGAUGCCCUUUCCCCGGCCUCCCGCCUUGUGGGGGAGCCUGGGCUGCAGUGAGGCCAGGCUGAAGGCUUGACCCCUGCACCAUGCAGCUUUCCAGACCCAGGGCUGGACCAAGAGAGCUUUUUACCUGCCGGAGAGCUUUUACCUAGAUGCUGAUAACCCGCUGGCUGAAAUUCCAAACCAAGCUGUGGAGAACGGAGUUGUGGCUGUCUGCUCAAAAGUAACACCCUCAGUGGAGUCCCCAAAAGUAACAAAACCUCAUGCAUUUGGCAAACCAGAGGCUGCUUCUCUGAUUCCUGUAGGAGCUGCACCGUAGCCUCGAACCAGGAAGUCCUGGGCCUCUAGGCUGGCUUCCCAGCCUGUGAGCUGCAGCCCCCUCGGGGACUCACCAUAAAUCUUAAUAAUUGCCGGCGCUGAAGAUAAUCCAGAAGGAAAACCUGCUACCCAACCAGCAGCGUCAUACAAUUCAUCCCCAAGGCAAAUACCAAUUUGAGGUUAAUUUGCAUCGCUGCUUCCUUCCACUGGGAUAGCCGAUGAAGACGUUCCGAUGACCACAUGUGACAACUGCUUUUGGAGAACCUCGUGUGUUCAUCUCCCUGUCUGCACUGUUUACUUCUCAGGGAGCUUUGCUGAGCUCAGCCCAGCAGACCACGUGCCAGCAGGGGCAGGGGCUCGAAAGUCAGUGAAAUGGGCAUUUCCGCUGCUCAGCCUGGGUGAGAGAUCCUUCUGAAGGCCAGCCUGAGCCCCAGAGAACAGAAGUUAAGGCACUGGCUGCAGUCGGGCCAGCAUGCGGGUUUGGAUCUACAUGAUUCCUGACCACCACACUGUAUUGCUCCCAAUGUACUGAAAAGGUUACCAUUCUAGCCUGGAGAGACCACCACCAGUGCACUCAGAGGAAACCGAUCAGAAAGGGCAAAGCCAAGGCCGCACAGCUUUGCUUACCAAAGGGGAUUCGGGGGAGAGCACAGAUCUGACCUCAAAGGAGUUCAAGUGCCAGGCCUGCCAUGAACUUAGCUGUAAGACUGCAGGUGACGGGACCUCUCUCAGCGCUCAGGUCCCCUUCUGUAAAAAUGACCCCCUUGGGCCCCCUGGUCGUCCUCGUUCUGGCAUUCCAGAUGCUACCAUGCUGGGAUUGGAAACUCACUGCAAAACCUGAAACAGGUAGCUUUUACUCAAAGAAAAUGCUCUUACAAAUGGAGAAGAUGGGCCUUUUACCUGGAAAGUGUAAAUGACAUUGGAGAACGAGAAAUCGUUACAGAUGCCCAGAGCCUGGGGGCCACAUCUGAACCUUUAGAAGAUGUCUUCGGCUGGGAAGGCCCUACCGUGGGCAGGGCUCUACCCAAACCGGCAGCCCCCCUAGUUUGGUCCAGGUGCCCCCUUUCUUCGCUCCAUCCUCUGAGAACCCACUGCACUAAGUAGGGUUUCCAAAGUAUGUUCCCUGGGUGACCGGGCUCCUCCCCAGACUUGCUGAAUCACAAAUUCUGAUUUCUGGGACCCAAAAUAUGCAUUUAAAAAAAGAUUUCCAAGUGAUUCUGCUGCACACUAAAAUGUGUGAACCCCUGCCUCAGGGUGGAAGUGACAGGUAUCUCCCCAGCAGUAUCUGUAGUUUGAAAGGUGGAGGUGGUGUGGCUCUUGUGUUGAAGCUGUGGGCAGUUACUGGAGAGGAACGUGGGGGCGGGGACUUGAGCAAUUGGGCAAUUUCAGGGCCUUCCUAGGAACCAGGUGCUCACAUGUCACAUGGAACAUCAGAAUACACUCACAUCCUGCACUAAAUGUCAUUCUGUUUAGGGAAAGGGGUUGAAUAAUUUGUUCUGAAAUGGCUUUAAAAUAUUUGAUUAACAAAUGAUGGUUAUUUCUUGGCAGUCAUCAAGAGGUAAGAGUUCAGUUCAGCCUGACUGGUGUUGACCUGUUACAGUUAAUAAAAUAUAAAGUUUCA